AUGGAGCCCCAGAAGGCACAUUCUGGUUCGAUAAUGGCUCUCUUCAAAAAACCGUAUUGGGUUUUCCUUUUUCUUCUCUUUACGGCCUUAGCCAUUCUCUCUGUUCAAAUCGCCACACAAUCCAUCGUUCCUUUUCAAAUCUUUGGGGUUUCCGAAUCCGAGAAAGCCGCGACCGUCUCCGACCCGGGAAGCUGUGCCGGGUUGCUCGGGGAGUUGCCGGUGAGGAGGCACGUUGCGUCGAUAGAGGAAUUCGGGGGAGUGGGCGAUGGGAAAACCUCGAAUACGGCAGCGUUUUGGAAGGCGUUGAUCCACAUGCAACGUUUUGUGGACCACGGCGGGUCUCAGCUAAACGUGCCCAGAGGGAAGUGGUUAACGGGGAGCUUUAAUCUUACCAGUAAUUUCACGCUGUUUCUUGAAGAGGGUGCUGUUAUUUUAGGCUCUCAGGAUCCAAAGGAAUGGCCUCUUGUGGAGCCAUUGCCAUCUUAUGGGAGAGGGAGGGAGAGACCGGGAGCCAGACAUACAAGCCUUAUUCAUGGAGAUGGCCUUACCAACGUUAUCAUUACAGGGCAGAAUGGGACAAUUGAUGGUCAAGGUAGGAUGUGGUGGGAUUUAUGGUGGAACAAAACGCUAAACCACACAAGAGGCCACCUUGUUGAGAUAAUGAACUCUCGUAACAUUCUUAUCUCUAACCUAACCUUCAUGAAUUCGCCAUUUUGGACCAUUCAUCCUGUUUACUGCAGCAAUGUUGUUAUUAAGGGAAUGACAAUAUUGGCUCCCCUCAAUGCACCAAACACAGAUGGAAUAGACGCUGACUCAUGUAUCAAUGUAUGUAUCGAGGACUGCUUUAUCGAGAGUGGUGAUGAUCUUGUAGCAGUAAAAAGUGGAUGGGACCAGUAUGGCAUCAGAAUCGCACGACCGAGCUCAAACAUAAUAGUGAGGAGAAUCUCCGGCACUACACCAACUUGUUCCGGUGUUGGCAUUGGCAGUGAGAUGUCAGGAGGGAUUUCUAAUGUAACUAUUGAAGAUAUGAAUGUUUGGAAUUCAGCAGCUGGUAUUCGUAUAAAAACCGACAAGGGUAGAGGGGGAUAUAUUACGAAUAUCUCCAUAAAUAAUAUAACGAUGGAGCGAGUCAAAGUACCCAUUAGGUUCAGUACGGACUCCAAUGAUCACCCUGAUGAUGGAUGGGACCCUAAAGCAUUUCCUAAAAUAAAGGGGGUAUUUAUUAGUAACAUCAUUAGUUUGAAUUCAACAAAAGCUCCCGAACUCACUGGUCUCAAGGGUGCAUCAUUUGAAGGUGUGUGCUUUAAGAAUGUUACAGUACUCGGACUUGCCCCAACUGCGGCAUGGCAUUGUGAGUUUGUUUCAGGUUGUACCAAUGCUGUGUUUCCAUUGCCAUGUCCCCAGCUGCAGAACAAUGGCUCCUCGGCAUGUUGCCUUUAGGCUCAAGUUUGUGGUCACUUCCCGAAUGCAUUUCAGACUUUUAAGGAGAAUCAUUCACUAACUUGAUUAGCACGGACUUCACUUGCUCAUGUGAUUCUUCCUCUAUUCUCCAUGUGGGGGAGAUAUGAAGUUGGGAUCUGAAAAGAUUGCAGGCUAGAAACGCUACUGGCUGAGUUAGCCUCCUGCAAUUUUGUCUAAAUAUAC